GAGACGCCUAACACCGCGCAGCUUGACCAUUAGAGACCAGUGUUUGAGCCUAACAGCGCAGCUUGAACCAUUCGACUAUAUCAUAUCAUAGAUCAUAUAGACCCGUGUUUGAGCCUAACACAAGGACAUUCAGAGAUUUCUGCGCCGCUCGGAGUCUGUGCAGCACUCACAGAGAACCUGCAGCACCUGAGAGAUCCUGCCAAGAAAAGAGCAUCUCCGUAUGGAGCAGAAGACGGGACCUGGCAAGUGGCUAGAGAACAGUCCCUGUGAGUCUGGCUUUGUGAGUGAUCAGUCCUCCAUGGAAAUCCCACCGGUCUUCAGAGAAAAUAAGCGGAUGGAUCACACUGAAGCGUAUGAGAGCUCAGAGCACUGGCUGGAGUCGAGCGGUCUGGAGAGCUGUGGACUGUCUCUCUCUCACCUCCUGUCACUCUGCACAACUGCUCCUGUAUCGGAGAGAGGAGACGGGGUGAGCAAACAGAUGCACAUCAGCAGUGAGUCACUGGCAGACUUUGAAGAACAGCUUUACAUUGCCGUUGAGAUGUACCAUGAUCAAAUCAAGUGGCUCAGUCAAGGAAACAGGAAGGUGUUUGGGGUGGUGAACGGGUCCCGCGUCGGAGUGCUUGUCGACACGUCUGAUUUGACCUGCUCUACAGAGAGACUAGCAGAUCUCCAGCGAGAGCUUCUAGCUCUCAUUGACGAGCAACUGCGCUUCAAAAAACAGCUGCAUCUGCUGUCCUACGGCUCAGAAGUCAGCAGCCUUUGGGACAAACCGCUGGAUACCUGUCCACUAAGGCUCAGGGAGUGCUGUGCGUGGGUCAUGCAGCUGCGAGCAGGUGGAGGCUGUGGUCUCCUGCAGGCGCUACAGAGGGCACUGACCCGCUCAGAGCUGGACACACUACUCAUCAUCCUGGGCUCUCGCCCUGAUCAGACAGUAGACGUUAUAUGUGAUUUUUUAACUCAGAACCGAAUGCCUUGUGUUCAUGCGGUCGCCUACAGCUGCAGCAGUCCGGCCGCCAUUGAGACUGUGAAGCAAAUGGCAGAAGUUUCCGGGGGGAGAUAUCACCUGUUUUCUGCUGCACUGGGUGUAGUGGACAGCAGUACAGACGUAGAUCUGCUGUGGGCGGAGAUUAAAGCAGCUCGCAAUGUUCUUACCCAAAUUCAGAACAUGCGCCAGGGUCGACUGGGAGACACAGCUGUCACUGUUGAUUCAGAGAUCUCCACAGGUUUGGACAGUCUGACUCUUUCUGACUUCAGUCCUGUAAGUUCUGCUCUCAGUGCUCCACUGUGUAUCCAAACCACAGGCCCAGUACCCACCACCUCCAGUGAAUGGCUGAAGACCCACGGCCUGAAGGCUCAGAAGCUGGAUCUGUAUCAGCUGCUGGCUCGUAAUGCCUAUUCUCCACAAGAGAUGUUUGUGCCAGUCUUGGGAAAGACUGUUUCCUCUACAGUUCACGAGCGGGUCAUGGUACGGUUUGAGUGGCAUGAUGGAACAGUGAAGAAUUUACAUGUCGGUCUUCCAUCACUGCAAAAGUACCAGAAGCGACUCAUGGGUGCUGUGCAUCUGUUUGAAAGGAGAGUUCAGUGGCUGAACCGGACGGGAAGCCAGCAGAUAUGGGGAACCGUGUGUGAGCAGAGGGUGCAGGUGCUUCUGGACACGUCUGGGAUGAACGCCCACUACCAGCUCCAUAUCCAGCAUGCCAUCCGGAUACUACUGCAGGAGCAGCUGGCUAAUAAACACAGCUUCAAUGUCAUCGUUUUUGGAUCAGAUGUCAAGUCAUGGCAGGAGAAGAUGGUUCCCUCCACCCAUGAAAACCUUCAAGCUGUUUGGCUGUGGAUUCAGGCAGUCGAGUGUGUCGGAGGUCGUAAUACUCUGGCUGCUCUACGGUGCGCUCUAGAGGAGGAAACGCAGGAAGAAUCAUCACUGACUCAAGGCGUGUACCUCCUCACCACCGGCAUGCCAGAUCAACAUAUGGUUUCUGUCACUGCUUAUGUGUCUGAGCGCUGCAGCGCAACAAACCUGAAUCUCCACGUGUGCCUGUUCACCGGAGAGGAGGACACUGCCCGCUGCCCUCUGCCCCGUUACGCCACCCGGACUGAAACUGCCCGGGCUUUGAGCGGCCUUGCCCACGCGGGCAACGGACGCUUCCUUUGGAUGACUGACACUGGCAUCGUGGAGAGUGAUGACAUCAGUGCCCUAAUUGGAGAAAUGGAGACGGCCGUUAAUUAUUUUCAGAAGUGUCUAAAUAAUUCAUGGGAACCCGAAGAAAAGUUUGAAACACCUGCAAGAUAUGAUCAGUUGUUGAUGUUUAGAAAGGUUCAUCCAGGUGUUAUCUUCAAGAAAUAUCCAAAAUCAAAGAGUGUGCGCAAGUCUAUCGCUACUGUUAAACUACCAAAACAUGAAGACAUCUGUUCAACUAAACAGACAGGCUGUAGCUUUGCAGAUGCAAUGACUGAUCUGUGUGUGUGCGUCAGGUUUAAUAUGCUGGCGUUCUCUGAAGAGGUGCGGAUGUGGCAGCCGGCGUUGGUUCAGUCCACAGAGGAGCUGUGUGUGGAGGCAGUGCAGUGGUUGAAUCAGCUCAGCACACAUGGAGCUUCCUCCACACUACAAGCACUGCAGACAGGCUGUGGCUUUGCAGAUGCUGUGGGUCUGUAUCUGAUCACUGAUGGGAGAUGUGACUCCAGCCACAGUCGGAUACUGACAGAGAUUGAGACACUGAGACAAGAGAAGGACUUCACCGUCCACACCAUCGCAGUCAACUGCCAUGACAGUGAGUUUCUGAAGAGUUUGGCCCAUAAAACAGGAGGACGAUUCCAUCAGGCUCCUGAAAACACAGAUAGAGCUCUUAUCAGAAAACUCCUGUCAGAUCCGUGCAGUGUGGACCCAGUGCUUCCAAAAUGUGAGGGGGAUGAUCUAAGGAAACUAUCCGAAGAGAUCGAGAAGCUGAGAUUGUUCCAGAAACAAGCUAAAGCGUUCAGGGAAACUAGUUUGGAGUCGAGGAACCAGACGGGAACAUAGACAUUGAUGUCCACGCUUGUUCAAAUCACGACAGCUUUAUUGAUUCAAAAAUAUCUCUGGCAAAGGCCUAAUGUAAAAGAAUUUGUUAAAAAUUAAAUAUGGCUUAAUAAUACUUUGGAAACAUCGUAAAUAGAUAUAAAAAUCAUGGUUAAAAGAAAAAACCUUGAAAUUUUAUGUGUAGCAUUAACUCCUUAGCAUUCUGGGAAAAUGUAACUAAGCACAAAAUUGGAACGCUAACAGGUUAAAUGUUUUUUUUGAAAUUUUUUUGUACAUGAAAUUGUACUUCAUGAGCAACAAAAAAAAAAGUGUAAAAACAAAUGUAUUGUCAAUGUAAUGUAGCAUCAAAACAGUG